GUUGGGUUUCCAAAUCUCCAGGGAAUCCAUGAGAGAGCAGAGAUAAAGGAGUGAGAGAGAGCUGCUCGAGUCUCUCCCAGCCAGGCAUCGCUCUCCCUGCACUUCCAAGCCCGACACACACAUGAAGAUAUACCUGUCUGUCCCACCUGCCUCUCCGUACCUCUGUUUCCCUAGCAAAUAUGUGUUCCAUAGGACUUGCGGCUUCAGUGCCUAGGUAAAUCCUGCUGAGCAGACCCAUGCCUGUGGACCCCUGUGGUGCGACAUGUACGGCUAAGCCUUCCCCAACUGCUGCAACAUCCAGCCAUGAAGGACGGAGGCGAGUCAAAGGACCAGCAGCUCACGGUUGCUUUGCGCAUCCGGCCAAUUAAUGAGACCGAGCUAGUUGAAGGAGCCACCAUCAUUGCACAUAAGGUGGAUGAACAGAUGGUGGUUCUUAUGGAUCCAAUGGAGGACCCAGAUGACAUUUUGAGAGCCAACCGCUCCCGUGAGAAGACCUACAUGUUUGAUGUGGCAUUUGAUUACACUGCAACACAGGACACUGUGUACAGACUCACCACCAAAGGUCUGAUUGAAGGAGUCAUCUCAGGUUACAAUGCCACAGUAUUUGCCUAUGGCCCAACAGGAUGUGGCAAGACAUACACUAUGCUGGGCACAGACCGAGAACCUGGGAUAUAUAUAAGGACUCUUAAUGACCUGUUCAGAGCCAUCGAAGAGACCAGUGAUGAUAUGGAAUAUGAGGUCCUCAUGUCCUACUUAGAGAUCUACAAUGAAAUGAUUCGGGACUUGCUGAACCCAGCGCUGGGCUACCUGGACCUGCGGGAGGACUCAAAGGGAGUAAUCCAGGUAGCCGGGAUUACAGAGGUUUCUACCAUCAACGCUAAAGAGAUCAUGCAGCUGCUAAUGAAAGGAAACAAACAAAGGAUGCAAGAGCCCACAGCAGCCAAUAAAACCUCCUCCCGAUCUCACGCCAUCCUUCAGGUCACUGUCAGGCAGAAGAAUCGCAUCAAGAACAUCACUCAGGAGGUCCGUGUAGGUCGGCUCUUCAUGAUAGACCUGGCUGGAUCUGAGAGGGCUUCCCAGACUCAAAACCGAGGUCAGCGUAUGAAGGAGGGAGCUCACAUCAACCGCUCACUGCUGGCACUAGGGAACUGUAUCAAUGCCCUAAGUGACAGAGGAGGCAAUAAGUAUGUCAACUACAGAGACAGCAAACUGACACGGCUUUUAAAGGAUUCUUUGGGUGGAAACAGUCGCACAGUGAUGAUUGCUCACAUCAGUCCCGCCAGCAGUGCCUUUGAGGAGUCACGGAACACUCUGGCCUAUGCCGACCGUGCCAAAAACAUCAAGACUCGGGUGAAACGGAACCUUCUCAAUGUCUCGUAUCAUAUCGCCCAGUACACCAGUAUCAUCUCAGACCUUAGAAAGGAGAUCCAAAGACUCAAGGAGAAGAUUGACGAGCAGGGGCUAAAGCAUAUGAGGAGUGAGAAGAGUGAUAUUCGUAACAUUCAGGCCGAGGUUCAGCUUCAUACGUCACCCUAUGACCGGCAUGAGAUGGACCAGCUGAGGGAGCAGCUCAUAAGGGCCUUUCGAGAACAGAUGGAUAUCCGGAGACAGCUAAUGGAACUGGAAAACAACCACAUGGAAAUACAGAUGGAAACGUCCCAACACUGUCUCGUCAUUGCAGACUGGGAGCAAGAAAAAACACGUCAAGUGCGUAAGUGGAGAGAAGAACUGAGGAAAGAAUCAUAUGGCAAAGAUGAUAGCGAGAAGGACUCAGACACUGGAGAUGACCAGUCUGACACCAUGGAACCCCCAGAAGUGACUACAGCCAGAGAGAACAUCCAUGCAUUGGUGGGAGACCAAAACAAACUGCGGCGCCAAAAGUUGGAGCUGGAGAAGAGGUUUAAGGAAAUUCGGCAGCGAGCGAGAAGGCUAGAGGAGAUCCUACCAAAACGAAUCAGCUCGGAAGAGCAGAGGGAAGUCUUAAGUCUGCUGUGUAAAGUGCAUGAACUGGAGAUUGAAAAUACUGAGAUGCAGUCCCAUGCCUUGCUCAAGGACAAUAUGAUCCGACAGAAGAACUACAUGGUGCAGAAAUUUGAGCAGCAUCGCUGUCUCUGUGACGAGAUCAUCAAGCAGCAGAGGCGGAUUAUCACUGACAAUAACCUGAAUGUUCCUCACCGACUGGAGGAUCUGUAUGAGGUCUACCUCAGAGAGCUGGAAGAGGGCACUUUGGCGCGCAUUAGCAUAAUCGAUCGAACUUCAGUUAUGGCUCUGAAGGAUAGCCAAAACUCUCUGCCAAAGCUUCCUCAGAUCACAGCGGAAGAGAACGCCCAGGAGCCCGACUCAGACCAGGAGAGUGUGAGGACAUUUGGAUCAGACAAUAGGAAUCUGAAUCACAUAGAGUCAUAUAGGAGAAUGCUUCCACGACUUCUGUCUGAGGCAGAGAGUGAUACAAACAAAGUAUUUAAAACCAGUCCCCAUGCUCGGUAUUUCAAGAACUCCACAGUGGUGACUCCUCCUCCAAUACAUAUGAAUGGAAUGGUCAGAAAGGAGUCCUUUCCUCGUGACAAUCUGGCGAGUGUAAGCGGCCACAUCAAUUCUCCUGACAGCAGCAACAAAGUUGCAUUGACACGCAAAGAGAAGAAAGAGAUUCUAAGCAGCAUAAAAAGCAUAUCAGUGAAAGCGGCUCGCAGACGUUCACGGGUAAUUGAUGGUGACCGCCUACAAUUGCUGCAGCCCAUGAAAGAGAGAAGCAACCUAUCUGUUCAUUCAAUGAGUGAAAAUGAGGACAAUCCAUUCAGAGAUCAGCAGCUACCAGGCUCUCCGCUCCACCAUGCAAUCAGUGAUGACAACCUCUCCACCAGCACCGGUGAAAUGGUAACGGCCCUAGGAGGAAGAGCAGGCAACCACCAGAGAGAUUCUCCAGCUAUGUGGCAGCAGGCACCAAAGAAAUCAUCUCAGAAGGUGGAGAAAAGGGAGGAGUCUUUAGAAGUAAAACGCAGAAAGAAGAGGUCAAGGUCAUUUGAGGUCACUGGCCAAGGGCUGGUCAGACCAAGGAACCACCUGUCUCGAAACAAGGCCCUCGAUAGCAACUCAGACCACAAGAUCCAAACUAACAUCCCUCAGACUCUUAACAGCCGAGUACCUGGGAAAAUCGUGCUGCCAAUAGCACAGGUUAAGCUUCCACAGAACCAGACUGGAAAUAUGGUAAAAGCAGGGGACCACCAAGGAGUAGGACCCCAGCUCAACCAGCCUGCUAAUGCGAAGAAGCAAAUGCCCACCAACCAACGGCCACGGUUUAACUACGUUAAUGCAAAUGCUGGUGGUGUCAAUGGUAAGGAGAUAAAGGUGCGAAAACACUAGCGGACAGGAAACAUUACGUACAGCACUAUACAGCCAAGCACGUGGACUUAUGAGGGGAGCCCAGAUAUUAAUGGUACAAAUUCUGAUCCGCACUCUGUGAUGGUAGCGUGGCGUCUUUGGGAAUACUGAACCGCCUGUGCUGAAGAGUUUUUUUCUGAAAACACUCCAAAAGCUGCGAGAGGCAUUUUCGCACCAGUAUAAAUAACAUAUAUACAUUCUGUAUUCAGAAAGGUAUUUUCAUCAUUCCUCAACCUUUGGCAAAUGUAUUACAGCUGUUUGUCUUCUGCUUUUGGGAUAUCACUGCAGGGACAUACACGAGCCCACUAGGGCUCCAGGAGAAUAUAAUGUGCUGCUACAUACAUAUGAUGACUGUUCCUUUCCAUAGAGUGCCUGCUCUUCGAUGGAUGUACCAUUGAUUUUUAAGCAGAAAGCAACAUUUUACCUUUUCAAUGUGGACUAUUUAGAUACAACCCCUGCAAUUCA